GAUCGGAGUGACCACAAACUCAGCCGAUGACCAUCACCCCCCUCUCCUUAUCUCUUUAUCUCUCCCCUCUCUCUCUCUCUCUCUCCCUCUCCUGUUGACCAACAACAACGACAGCAACCAACUUGGGACACUUUUCUAUCUGGCUAUCGACAAACUACAUCAUACGAACACUCGAAACUAUGUCUGCCUCGCGAUUGCCACCCUCGCUUGACGAACCAAUCGAAUCAACUAAAGAUCAGGAACCAUUCAACAUCACCCUUCAACCAUCUUCAAACUCAAGCCAAUCUGAUCUCAGUCUGGACGAUGAUCUCCUUCGACGGCCCUCACCACCACCUUCAACCUCUUUCACCUUUCGGUCUACCUUCGCCGGUAUCCUUAUCGGCAGCCUACUCGCUUUCACAAACAUGUACUUUGGUCUACAAACAGGCUGGAUCUCCAUGAUGUCACUACAAUCGAGUCUUCUGGGAUACGCCGCAUUCAAACUCUUGCCCAAUUUCCUUAAUUCGACCCCUCUCACAGUUUCAGAAAAUGUACUACUACAAACCACUUCUACCGCUGUUUGUGCAAUGCCACUGACUGCCGGUCUCAUCGGAAUCAUCCCCGCCCUUGCUCAACUUAACCUGGAAUCCGAUGGAUUAGCCCCCAUCACGUUCUCACCAGUGGCCCUGAUCACUUGGUGCUUUGCCAUCGCCUUCUUUGGUGUCUUCUUGGCGAUCCCUUUAAGAGAACAAGUGAUCAUCAAGGAAAAACUUCCAUUUCCCUCAGGAACCGCAACAGCCCAAAUCCUCGCCCUAUUACAUCAGAAACCGAUGCUCUCUCAGGCCCCACUGAAUCCAUCUUUUGACCAGCCCGAACACUCACCCGAACCCUUAGGCCAAUUCCAUCCACAACAGUGGAAGUUACUGAUAUCCACUUUCACGGCCUCAAUCCUUUUUAGCAUAAUAUCCUUGGCAUUCCCAGUACUAUACGCUUUACCCAUCUUCGACGUCUUUGGCCCAUUAGCUCAUGACUGGUCAUGGUGGUUCACGCCCUCAUUUGCGUUUGUAGGACAAGGAAUAAUCAUGGGAUUUCAUACGGGCUACAGCAUGAUGUUUGGGAUGUUGUUUGGAUGGAUGAUUUUGGCACCGUUGGCUGUCAAUUUGGGGUGGACUACUCCUGAGUCGGUAAAGAGUUGGAUUCUGUGGCCGGCACUAUCGAUCAUGAUCGUUGAAUCAUUAUUCAGCCUCCUGGAAUUCAGUAUCAGUCUACUCAAUCUUCAAUCAAGUCCCUCGCCCUACUCCCCGCUGGCAACAGACGAAAAUGAUGUACCCGAACGUGGGGUCAAAGAGCCUACAAUUGCGAUCAGCUUCAAGAAGGCUGCAAUCGGCUUUUCACUCUCUUGCCUCGUCUGUGUACUCAUCAUGGGCAUCUUAUUCAAGGAGAUCAAGUGGUGGGCGACGGUCGUCGCAUUGAUUCUAGCUUCAAUCUUUAGCCUGCUAGGAGUGAGGGCACUCGGCGAAACAGAUUUAAAUCCAGUCUCUUCGAUCGCCAAAAUUUCACAACUAGUAUUUGGGGUACUUCAACCUCAAAACUUGGUUGCCAAUCUGAUAGCGGGUGGAAUUAGUGAAGCUGGUGCGAUGCAAUCUGGCGAGCUUAUGCAGGAUUUCAAGACGGCUCAACUACAUGGAGUCGACCCAGCUAGCAUGUUCUAUGGCCAGAUGAUCGGCUCAUUUGUUUCAGUCUUCGUGUCGAGUGGCGCUUACAUAUUGUAUAGUAGAACAUAUACCCUACCAAGCAAUACGUUCCCAGUUCCUACAGCUGCAAUAUGGUUAAGCUUGGCUCGAUUGCUAAAUGACGGAGAGUUGCCCAAAGGAAGUAGAUUGAUGAUGGUGAUUUCCGGAUUCAUAUUCUUUAUUAUCGGUGGGUUCAAGUUAUUGUUUAAACGGAACAGCACUCAUUUCAGUUUUAGAAUCAUCACCAAGUUCAAGCAUCACCCUUCUUCGUGGUUCUUGCCAUCAGGAAUUGCUUUUGCCUUGGGAAUGAUCAACACGCCCUCGUUUUCAAUGGCCCGAUUCAUAGGAGGCGUGAUAGCAUGGAAAGUCGAACAACGCCGGAGUCUUAAGCCAGAAGGGGGAAGGACGAUGGGAGCUGAUGAGAGCUACGAUUCGAGGCGGAUCUGGCUGAUCAUCGUCGCGACCGGUUUCGUCUUGGGCGAAGGAUUCGGUAGCAUCUUCAAUCUCAUCCUCAAGUCUUUCUUCCAAUUCAAACCUUUAUCUUGCUGGGGAUGCGGACUCGGUGGAGGCGGGUAUUGUGGCGAUUGCUAAGACUCCACAUCCUUCUUCUUUUACCUUUUUUCCUCUCUUUCACUCGUCAUUCGGAAAUCGGUGGAUAUGCUUUUUUGCUUUGUUUUUGUUCUCUUUUUUUUUGGUAGUCCAUAUAGAUAGGCCCUUUUUUUCCUUUUGGGCUGGUUGAUAGAGUUUUUUUGUUUUGUUUUGUAUUGGAACCAUCCUUUCUUUCUCGCUCUCACAUCAUUUCUGAUUUCUCUCAUCUCCAUCUUCCAUCAUGAGCUUCUCUUUAAAUAUACAUACGCAUCAUGACAAGAUCAUGACUCACUCAUACACUGUUAUUCUUUCUACUUUCUAAUGUUCUUAUGAUUAGAUUCCAUUGUUGUUGUUUUGUCUUCUUUGGGUGGAAGGAAGGAACAGAGGAGACUUUGUAUUUGUAACUCAAUUUACUACCUGUUUUCUUCUUCUUUUUCUUGGUGGUGGUGAUGUAUGUAUGUAUCACAACACCAGCUUGACAAUGUGUUUCUUCCUCUAAUAUGACAACCCUUUUUAUUCAUUUGGGUACA